AUGUAUCAAGAAGCAAUCACCACCGCAGUUGGAUUACUGGACAGUAUUGCAACCCCUGUCAGUACGAUCGCAAACAACCUUGAAGCCAAUAGACUGGACAGAAGGGCCUUCCGAAAAUACCUUUGGGAUUACGCUGAUCGCGCCGCGCUUGACGGCGAACUCAUCGACGCUGCAAGGCAAAAUUUUCGAUGCUCCAACCGUGCCCUGUUUCUAGCCCAGGCCCAUAUGGAGUUGAUAUGCUGGCUGGCAGAUAACAACUAUACAAUCUCAUCAACGUCUGUUAAAUGGUACUGCUGGAAGAAGAUCCUCGGGAAAUACCGCCUGCCCUUACUAGUCUCGUCGCAAACGUCCCGUUUAAAAAACCAUCUGCGGGAGAUCAAGAAGGCAGCAGAUCAAUUAUAUACAGACCUUGAAGACAACAUGAUCGCAAUCGUGCCAGAUUCUAAAUACCGCAAAGUUCGGGGUCCGCCAGUCGAAUAUCCACCAGAAGAAAUUGAAAAUAUUAUUCACCAAGGAAGCCUUGCCCACGAGAAAUUAUCCGAGUGA